AGCCACUGCCCAUCACAGACGGUGAAGAAGCUCCUAGAAGAACAAAGGCGCCGCCAGCAGCAGCCUGACGCUGGUGGGCUACCGGGACAGUUCCUGGCUCCCCUGGCCCAGCCCCUGACCCCAUCUGAGAAAGAGUGUGAAGCUGGCCAUACUCACUUCCCAGCACACCAGGAGACUGUGGGUUCUGGACUUGGCAGCCUGGCACCUCCCAUGGGCUUUCCAGACUGGGACCCCAACAUGCAUGCUGCCUACCCGGACAGGCCCUACUCUUACCCUGCUUCUGCUGCUGAAGGUUUACUGACUCCUGACUUCUACUCACAAUCGGACCCAGGGCGGCCGUGUUCAUUUCCCCUGGGGAUGGAGGCAGGAUCCUGGAGAGGUUCUGGACUCCCUUCAGGACCCCCACAGUUGCCUCCUGUGGUCAGCGGACCAUCCCUGGACACUGCCCGUGCUCACAUGCUGGCUUUGGGGCCACAAAAGCUGCUGGCCCAGGAUGAGGAGGGAGACACGCUCCUGCACCUGUUUGCGGCUCGAGGGUUGCGCUGGGCUGCAUAUGCCGCAGCUGAGAUCCUCCAAGGGUACAGACAUCUGGACAUUCGUGAGCAUAAGGGCAAGACCCCUCUUCUGGUGGCUGCUGCUGCCAACCAGCCCCUGAUUGUGGAGGAUCUACUGAACCUGGGAGCAGAACCCAAUGCCACUGACCAUCAAGGGCGUUCUGUCUUACACGUGGCCGCUACAUAUGGGCUCCCAAGAGUUCUCUCGGCUGUGAUUAACUCAGGGGUUCGAGUUGACAUCGAAGCCAGAGACUUCGAGGGCCUCACCCCUCUCCACACAGCCAUCCUGGCCCUCAACGUUGCUAUGCACCCACCCGACCUAUAUCCCCCAGUACUGAGUACCCAGGCCCAAGACAGGCUGGCUUGCGUCAAGAUGUUGCUGCACAUGGGUGCUGAUCAUACCAGCCAGGAGAUCAAGAGCAACAAGACGGUUCUGCACUUGGCUGUGCAGGCUGCCAACCCGACCCUGGUUCAGCUGUUGCUGGCACUGCCACGGGGAGACCUGCGGGCCUUUGUCAACAUGAAGGCCCAUGGGAACACAGCCCUCCACAUGGCGGCCGCCCUGCCCCCUGGGCCGGCCCAAGAGGCCAUUGUGCGGCGCCUGCUGGCAGCUGGGGCGGAUCCAACGUUGCGCAACCUGGAGAACGAGCAGCCUGUCCACCUGCUACGGCCCGGGCCGGGCCCCGAGGGGCUCCGGCAGCUACUGAAGAGGAGCCGUGUGGCACCCCCAGGCCUGUCCUCUUAGGACUCAAACCCAGAACCUGGACUGAUUUUCCAGUCCCCACCGUCCUGUGGGACAGCCAGCGUAUGCUAAUGUUGCAAAUCCGUGAUCAUGUAUGUGCGUAAUGUCCUGCCAUCGGGGUCUUACAUUAAAACCCCAAAAUAGCUGUUGGCGGGUAAACAGUCCCCAAUAUUUGGGGUGGUAUGAUACCCUUCCCCCACCCACAAGGAGCCCUCUUGAUGAUUUCUGUGAAAUCGAGGCCCCUUGAUUGUUUCUGUGAAACACACUGGACCCCCCAACCCUUUCCCCACCAGGAUCUUUUGGGGUCCAGAUGUAACUCCCCUAUAUGGUACUUGGGGUAUGCCCAAACAGCUUCCGGUACGAUCCUAGUAGAGCUCCUAAGAUGACCCCUGACCUCCCCAGGGCCCACCCCCUUCAGGUCCUUAACCCUGAGACAUAGGAAGGACUCUCGAUUGGAGUCCCCUAGGUCCUACUGCUUUAAGUCGGAACACAACCAGGCCCCUGACCCAGACCUCAGUAUUUCUAGUG